CCGCAGGGGGAGGGCGCGCGCCCGAGGCCCGGCGGGGCUGCCCGAAGCGGCCGCUCAGGCCUCAGCGGUGCGGGGCGGCCCCGAGGCGGGAGACGCCGCCGGGCUUGGUCCCCGAAGUUGAGGAACAAAAUGUGAAAGGCCGGUAGAGGACUGUGAAAGAAAAGUUGUCCCCCAGGAUGGACUUCACCACGCAGCCCAAGCCUGCCACUGCCCUCUGUGGCGUCGUGAGUGCCGAUGGGAAGAUCGCUUACCCCCCGGGAGUGAAGGAGAUCACCGACAAGAUCACCACGGACGAAAUGAUCAAACGACUGAAGAUGGUAGUGAAAACUUUUAUGGAUAUGGAUCAGGAUUCAGAAGAUGAAAAGCAGCAGUAUCUCCCACUAGCCUUGCAUCUUGCAUCUGAAUUCUUUCUCAGGAACCCUAAUAAAGAUGUGCGCCUCCUCGUAGCAUGUUGUUUGGCUGACAUAUUUCGAAUCUAUGCCCCAGAAGCUCCAUAUACUUCCCACGAUAAACUUAAGGACAUAUUUCUGUUUAUUACCAGACAAUUAAAAGGUUUGGAGGAUACAAAGAGCCCACAGUUUAAUAGAUACUUUUAUUUAUUAGAGAAUUUAGCUUGGGUUAAAUCAUAUAACAUCUGCUUUGAGUUGGAAGAUUGCAAUGAAAUUUUUAUUCAGCUUUUUAGGACUCUCUUCUCAGUGAUCAACAAUAACCACAACAAGAAGGUACAAAUGCAUAUGCUAGACUUGAUGAGUUCUAUCAUCAUGGAAGGUGAUGGAGUUACUCAAGAAUUGUUGGAUUCCAUUCUUAUUAACCUCAUACCUGCACAUAAGAAUUUAAAUAAACAAUCCUUUGACCUUGCAAAAGUCCUGUUGAAAAGAACAGUCCAGACUAUUGAAGCAUGCAUUGCCAAUUUUUUCAAUCAAGUCCUGGUGCUAGGAAGAUCAUCAGUAAGUGAUUUGUCAGAACACGUAUUUGAUCUGAUUCAGGAGCUUUUUGCUAUAGAUCCUCAUUUAUUAUUAUCUGUCAUGCCACAGCUUGAAUUCAAAUUAAAGAGUAAUGAUGGUGAAGAACGAUUAGCUGUGGUUCGGCUACUAGCUAAAUUGUUUGGUUCUAAGGAUUCUGACUUGGCAACCCAGAACCGGCCACUUUGGCAGUGUUUUCUUGGACGGUUUAAUGACAUUCAUGUUCCUGUGAGAUUAGAAAGUGUGAAAUUUGCCAGUCACUGUUUAAUGAAUCACCCAGAUUUAGCAAAGGAUCUCACAGAAUAUUUGAAAGUUAGAUCACAUGAUCCAGAAGAAGCUAUUCGUCAUGAUGUCAUUGUUACUAUAAUAACAGCUGCCAAAAGAGACCUUACUUUAGUAAAUGAUCAACUGCUUGGCUUUGUCAGAGAAAGGACACUGGAUAAACGGUGGAGAGUAAGAAAAGAAGCUAUGAUGGGUUUGGCCCAACUUUAUAAGAAAUACUGUCUUCACGGUGAAGCAGGAAAGGAAGCUGCAGAGAAAGUCAGCUGGAUAAAGGACAAACUUUUGCACAUCUAUUAUCAGAACAGCAUUGAUGACAAACUGUUGGUAGAGAAAAUCUUUGCUCAGUAUCUUGUUCCCCAUAACCUGGAAACAGAAGAGAGAAUGAAAUGCUUAUAUUAUUUAUAUGCUAAUUUGGAUCCAAAUGCUGUAAAAGCUCUCAAUGAAAUGUGGAAGUGUCAGAAUAUGCUUCGGAGUCAUGUGCGUGAACUGUUGGAUUUACACAAGCAGCCUACAUCAGAGGCCAACUGUUCUGCCAUGUUUGGGAAACUGAUGACCAUAGCAAAGAAUUUGCCUGACCCUGGGAAAGCACAAGAUUUUGUAAAGAAAUUUAACCAGGUUCUUGGUGAUGAUGAGAAACUUCGGUCUCAGCUGGAGUUGUUAAUCAGCCCAACCUGUUCAUGUAAACAAGCUGAUGUUUGUGUGAGAGAAAUAGCUCGGAAACUUGCAAAUCCUAAGCAGCCAACCAACCCUUUUCUAGAGAUGGUCAAAUUUCUGUUGGAAAGAAUUGCUCCAGUGCACAUUGAUUCAGAAGCCAUAAGUGCACUAGUAAAAUUGAUGAAUAAAUCAAUAGAGGGGACAGCAGAUGAUGAAGAGGAGGGUGUAAGUCCAGAUACAGCUAUUCGUUCAGGACUGGAGCUUCUUAAGGUUCUGUCUUUCACACAUCCUACCUCGUUCCACUCUGCAGAGACAUAUGAGUCCUUAUUGCAGUGCCUAAGAAUGGAGGACGACAAGGUAGCAGAAGCUGCAAUACAAAUUUUUAGAAAUACAGGCCACAAAAUAGAAACAGAUCUUCCUCAGAUACGAUCGACCUUAAUUCCCAUUUUACAUCAGAAAGCAAAGAGAGGUACUCCACACCAAGCAAAACAGGCUGUGCAUUGUAUACAUGCCAUAUUCUCAAAUAAAGAAGUCCAACUUGCACAGAUUUUUGAGCCACUCAGUAGGAGUUUGAAUGCCGAUGUACCAGAACAACUUAUAACUCCAUUAGUUUCAUUGGGCCACAUUUCUAUGUUAGCACCAGAUCAGUUUGCUUCCCCAAUGAAAUCUGUAGUAGCAAACUUUAUUGUGAAAGAUCUACUAAUGAAUGACAGGUCAACAGGUGAGAAGAAUGGAAAAUUAUGGUCUCCAGAUGAGGAAGUUUCUCCUGAAGUACUAGCAAAGGUACAAGCAAUUAAACUUCUGGUAAGGUGGCUGUUGGGUAUGAAAAACAACCAGUCUAAAUCUGCCAACUCAACUCUUCGGUUAUUGUCAGCGAUGUUGGUUAGUGAGGGUGACCUGACAGAACAAAAGAGGAUCAGUAAAUCUGAUAUGUCUCGCUUGCGAUUAGCUGCUGGUAGUGCCAUAAUGAAGCUUGCUCAGGAACCUUGCUACCAUGAAAUUAUUACCCCAGAACAGUUUCAGCUCUGUGCACUUGUUAUUAAUGAUGAAUGUUACCAAGUAAGGCAAAUAUUUGCUCAGAAGCUGCAUAAGGCACUUGUAAAGUUACUCCUCCCAUUGGAGUAUAUGGCUAUCUUUGCCUUGUGUGCCAAAGAUCCUGUGAAGGAAAGAAGAGCACAUGCACGACAGUGUUUACUGAAGAACAUCAGUAUACGCAGGGAAUACAUAAAACAGAACCCUAUGGCUACUGAGAAAUUAUUAUCACUGUUGCCUGAAUAUGUAGUUCCAUACAUGAUUCACCUGCUAGCCCAUGAUCCUGAUUUUACAAGAUCACAAGAUGUUGAUCAGCUUCGUGACAUCAAAGAGUGCCUAUGGUUCAUGCUUGAAGUUUUAAUGACCAAGAAUGAAAAUAACAGCCACGCCUUUAUGAAGAAGAUGGCAGAGAACAUCAAGUUAACCAGAGAUGCCCAGUCUCCAGAUGAAUCUAAGACAAAUGAAAAACUUUAUACAGUAUGUGAUGUGGCUCUGUGUGUUAUAAACAGUAAAAGUGCUUUGUGCAAUGCAGAUUCACCAAAAGACCCAGUCCUCCCAAUGAAGUUUUUUACACAACCUGAAAAGGACUUCUGUAAUGAUAAGAGUUAUAUAUCAGAAGAGACAAGAGUACUUCUCUUAACCGGAAAGCCAAAACCUACUGGAGUACUAGGUGCAGUAAACAAGCCUUUAUCAGCAACGGGAAGGAAGCCGUAUGUUAGAAGCGCCGGUACAGAGACUGGAGGGAAUAUUAAUGUCAAUUCAGAGCUGAGCCCAUCAACUGGAAAUCGUUCAAGGGAACAGAGUUCAGAGGCAUCAGAAACUGGAGUUAGUGAAAAUGAGGAGAACCCUGUGAGAAUAAUUUCUGUCACACCUGUAAAGAAUAUUGAUCCGGUAAAGAAUAAGGAAAUUAAUUCUGAUCCGGCUACCCAGGAAAACAUCAGCAGUGACCGAGGAAAGAAAAGAACUGUCACAGCAGCUGGCGCUGAGAACAUCCAACAGAAACCAGAUGAGAAAGUAGAUGAUUCAGGACCACCUGCACCUUCCAAACCCAGGAGAGGACGUCGCCCCAAGUCUGAAUCUCAGGGCAGUGCAACCAAAAAUGAUGAUAUAAAUAAGCCCAUUAGCAAGGGAAGGAAGAGAGCUGCAGGCAGUCAGGAGAGCCCUGGGGGUUUGGAAGCAGGUAACACCAAAGCGCCCAAGCUACAAGAUGUAGCCAAAAAGGCAGCACCAGCAGAGAGACAAAUUGACUUACAAAGGUAAAAAGAAAACUCAUUUGCAAAGGGAGAAAAUGAAGGCCAAACAGAAGCAGAUUUCCACGUUCUGCCAAAAUUUGGAUUCAUAUAUCCCUAAACAGAAAAUGAAGUUCACUUCAAAUACACACUUUCUGCCUUGAAAACUGAAAGGAACUUUUCCUUCCUUUUUACGCAACCACAGUCCUUUGAUGGAAAUGUACAGCAGAAACUCUUGAGAGAGGCUAAAAGCAACUCUGUUUUCCCUCCCCCUAGACUUUUCCAAUGAAAAGUCAAUAAUUAAGCAAAUUGCUUAAUACUUGGUUCCAGUUCCUGCGUACCUGGAGUUUAAAGGCAUAAUAUACCAUUAAUUUCCAUGCUGCAGUUUUAUUUUUCAGAAAGUAACAAGCUGACCUUAUACACUGACACUGAAGUCAUCCGUUCUAGAGCCAGGAAUCCCCAUGCUACACAAGGAAAAUAAUGUCUACUGAAUUAAUUUUUAGGAGAUGAGCUAUUUCUUUGUUUUCCUUUUGGAAACUUUUAUGUAUUAUUCUUUCUGCCUGUCUACUUUUCUGCAAAAAAAAAAAAAAGAGAUGUACAGAUUUCUGUUCCCUGCUAUGAAAAGUGAUGUCGUGGCAAUUUUAUAAAUGUUACUUUUCUGAUUUUUAUCAGAGUGAGAAAAUAAUUAAAAUUAUUAUUGAUUUGCAAGUAGUAAACACUUCAUAUUUUGGUUUCUCCCAUUUUAGUUUAAUAUAAUUUGCAAUAAAUGUACAUAUUGUUUCAUAAAGCAUAUCACUUUAAAAUGGUUUUUACUCCUAUGAUUAUGUUAGAAUAUUUGGAGUCUUGAGGGAGUAAGUCUAUCCAGGAUUUGGUUUUAUAAUGUUUGUCACCAGAUUUUUAUUAUUGUUGUAAAAGAAAAAGUUCUUUUUUUUAAGUAGGUCACAUUGGCAGCUUUGUAAGGAAAAUUUGACAUGUUUAGAGUUGCAUUGUGCUGUUGGGAAAUAAGCAUUUUUGUCUGAUAAUCUGAACUUUUUUUUUUUCCUUUAUUUUGCAGACAACUGUUGCAUCAUUAUGUUCCUUGGCAUUGUUUAGCAGAGAUAAUGUGCACACUUUUUGUGUACACAUAAUCAUAUUUAAAUUUUUGCAUAAAAUAAAUGCUUCUAGAUGUCAUAUGGCAGUCUUUUUUAUCUUUUUAUCAUACUAUUCUUUCUUAGGAGUUUUUUUAUGUAAAAGGGCUAAAGUCAUAGAGAAGCAAAAAACAUGAUUAUAGUCAACUCUCCAUUAUCUAUACAAAUUAGUGACUAUGCCUCUGGCAGUUAGUUUUGUGAUUACCAUGACCUUCAAGAACAAUGAAGGCACCUGCAAGUGUGAUUGAGGAGGAACUUCCUUAUCCUCAGAGUUUCAUCUUGCUUCCACUGCCCCCAUUAGGCUCAGCCCAAAGCCCUAGCAGAAUGUGCCUCUUCCUUCCACCCCCUGUGGUCAGUGGGAAUAAGAAAUACUUUCAUUAUGACAUGGUCUGUAUAGCCUAUACAGGAUGUACAAAAAAUAGUGAAAUUGUCCAAAAACUCUUCAAAAUGAAAUUUGCUGUCACUUAUUUUCUCAUAGAUAAUCAAGAGUUGGCUGUAAACUGAGUAAAAGAUGGGCAGUUCUUUAAUUUUGCAUAUAUAUUUACAUACAUUUGGGUAUCAGAAGAUGGUCAGAAAACAAUGGGUACCCAUAUUAUGAAAACAAUAUCCCUUAAAAGGGCAUGUAAGGCCUCUUCCUAUUCCUCUUCAUAACACUUUAAAAAGUUCAAAUAUUGCCUCCAAUAUGCUGACAAAGAAUAUCUAUGCACACGGAUCGAUAAUGUCCCUCAAUCAGUGGAUAUG